CUCUCCUCCUGGACACGCCCAUUUCCUCUCAACAGCUUCCGUCGCGUGAUUACGACGUCAUGUUGCUGCCGCAGAAGCUGUUUAAAGACACUCAGAAGGUUUGUCAUGUCAUCAGACAGCUGCCCGUCCUUACACUCUUCACUAAGAAUCCAUGCCCUUUGUGUGAGGAAGCAAAAGAAGCGCUUGAGCCGUUUAAACACAGGUUUCAUUUACAGCAGGUUGACAUCACUCUUCCAGAGAACAGUGUUUGGUUGGACAGAUACAGAUAUGACAUUCCAGUCUUUCAUUUAAAUGGACAGUUUUUGAUGAUGCAUCGUGUGAACACAACUCUUCUUGAAAGCGCUCUGGAAAAAGUAUUCAAAGCAACUGGACAGUAAUGUUGGGGGAAACAUUUAACUUGCCAUUUUGCUCUUUUAAUAAUGCCACUUUAUUUUAUUCACCAUUUAUCAAUGAGCACAGCCAUGCAUAAUGUACGAUCUCUCUGCAUGAGCUCUGGGAGAAGUCCUUUUGUGUUUUAAGCUCUGUGUAGUAUGAUGUGCGCUCUAAUGACAGUUUUAUGUCAUUGACUCACUGGGUGUUUCAGGUUUGUUUAGAUUUUGUUUAGCAUCUUAUGAGUGGCCUUUGUCUGCUUUAAAUAAAGUGAAAGCCAGCUUCA